AUGCGGAACGUCCAGACCCGCCUUCUGGUGGGGGUGUUCGAACAGGACACCAAGGACCUGGUCAAGUACAUGAAGGGCCUGUGGAAGUGCUGCCAGCGUCUGAUCGUGGCCCAGCAGGAGGUGACCGUGUCCAUCCGGUCGCUGGCCAACCACCUCAGGUCGUACCCGCAGCAGAGCCCCCUGGAGUCGAACUGUGAUACGGCACCGACACUGCGAGAGUUCGCCCAGAACAUAGAGGAGAUCGGCUCUUGGCACCACGGCCUGUGCACCCAGCUGGCGGAGAGUGUGGCCGCCCCGGUACACCGCUACAUCGACAAGGAGCUGCAGGAGGUCUUCACCGUCGGACAGAUGUACCAGACUGUGACUGAGGACCUGGACCGCACGCUGAGCCGGUACGCGCGCGCCUCCAAGAAGGCCAAGCCGGACCUGGAGACGGAGCGUCUGGAGGCCGCCUCGGAGGUGUACACCAGCAGGAAGAAGUUCCACCAGAUGUCCCUCCUCUACUACAACAAGAUGAACCUGCUGCAGUACAGCCGGCGCAUGGCGCUCGUGGACCCGCUGCUGGGAUUCCUACAGGCCUACAGAUCGUUCUUCAGCAUGGGGAACGGCUCGCUGAACGUGCCGGAGAUGGAGACGUUCCUCAGCACCGUCACGGCUGCGUCAGCGGCCACCCAGUCUGAGCUCAUGUCUGAGAUGGCCGAGUCGGCUGACCUGAUGGACGCCAUCAUCACGCAGUCGGAGGGACAGUACAGCGUGGAGCCCGACCAGGACGGCUCGCCCCGCGACGGGGAGCCGCCGGCGCACAUCGCAGACUACCUCUUCUACAAGACCCGCUACAUGGGCGUCAUGUCUCAGUGGGAGCGUGUGUUCGUGUUCACCGAGGGCGGUAACCUGCUCAUGUGCCGGCGCGGCGAGGCGGCCGGCUGUCUGCUGGCUGAGCUGGACCACUCGACACUCUGCCAGCCGCUGCCCAACGAGGACCGAGGAUCCGUGUUCCAGAUAUCCACCAGCAAAAA